CCUGAGAGCUGGGCUCAAGGUUUUAGCCUCAUCACCAGGCACUCAUACCUCCCACACAGGAUCCUAAAGCACCGGGCAAGGGGUCAUCCUUGAAUAUUUGCUUUCUGUUCUUCUGGAUAGAGGUUUGGGGUUCUGAAACAAAGCUGUCCGUGGUCUAAACCCCCUGAAGCAGGAUGCCCCUCUGCUGCUGAGCACAUCUGGUGUGAAUGAUGAGGAUGGACUUUGCUAAUAGUCUCUUGUCAUGGCAGCCAGUUCGUAGCCAUCCCACCCCUGUCUGCCCUAAACUGGUAAAUGGCUGGGGGCCGGGAAGUGAGGAAUGAGGGCAUGAAGGGCCACCCAGUUGGAGAAUCCUGAGGAUGGCACAGAGGAAAUGCCCAAACUUAAAGGGAGAUCAUCCUUUGAGGGAACAGGAAAAAAAAAAAAGAAGAGGAAUAAUAAUAAUGAUGAUAAUGCUAAUAAUAUUAUGGGGCCAGGUGGUAGCACACCUGGUAGAAUGCACCCAUUAUAGGGCAUGAGGAUCCUGGUUCCCCCGGUCCCCACCUGCAGGGAGGGAGAAGCUUCACAAGCAGUGAAGCAGGUCUGCGGGUGUCUCUCUGUCUCUCUCCCUCUCUAUCUCCCCCUUCCCUCUCAAUGUUUCUCUGUCCUAUCAAAAUAAAAUAAAGAAUUAAGAUAACAAUAAUAAUUAUAAUGUAACAGGAACACCCCCACCCCCACCCAUUCCAAGAGCCUCAGGAGCCUGUGUUUUUUCUCCCUCUUCAGUUAACAUAUUCCAGAAGUGCUUAAAAUCCAUUUUUCUGUAUGAAGAAUAACUCAUGGUGCGGAUGGGGAGGUGGCUCUGCAGCAGAGUGCAGCUGCGCCCAUGAAACAUCCAUUCCAGCACUGCAGAGGCCAGAGUGGUGCUCUCCUCGCUCUUUCUUUGUAAUUAAAUAUGCACAUACUUAAAACAGGCAAGGAGCUGGCUCAGUGGUAGAGCAUAGGACUUGCUUACAUGCAAUCCCCAGUUCAAUCUUUGGAAUCAUAUAAGCCACAGUGACGCUACUACGGAUGUUCCUAUAAUUAAACAGAUAAAUAAAAGUAUAGAGUGAGUUAAAAAAAAAAAAAAAAAAACCUGAGCUCUCCAGUCCCACCGCCGCCACCGCACUGCCAUCAUGGACAACAGCCACGUGCAGCCCAUCAAACUGGCCAGGGUCACCAAAGUGCUGGGCCGGACCGGCUCGCAGGGACAGUGCACGCAGGUGCACGUGGAGUUCAUGGACAACGCCAGCCGCUCCAUCAUCCACAACAUCAAGGGUACCAUGCGUGAGGGCGACGUGCUCACGCUCCUGGAAUUGGAGCUAGAGGCCCACAGGCUGCGCUAGCCCCUCGCUUCCAGGUCCCAGAUGUCUGCUCUACCACUUGCCCUCACCAGGAUGACCUGCCACUAAACCUGUCAAUAAACCAUUUGUAUUAAAAAAUAAUAAUAAUAAUAAAACCUGAAAGGAGAGGCAAACCCUGCUGGAAUACUAGUCUUCGUUAAGUACUACAUGAGUGAGCAAGUGCGUUCAGAUGCAUAAACCCACUUUAGCAUCCCACAACCUUGGGUGACACUGUCAUCUGCCGCUUCUCCCCCCCCCCAAUAUUUAUUUUCAUGGGAGAAGAAUCAGAGCACUGCUGCUCAGCUCUGGCUUAUAGUGAUGGUGAUGGUAGGGAUCGAACCUGGAACCUCAGCACUUCAUGCUUGAAAAUCCUUUACAUAACCACUAUGCUAUCUCCCUGGCCCCAUCCACUUUGAACAGAAGAUGAAGAUGAGGCUCAGGGAAAAUAAAUGACUUGUCCAAGGUCAUGCUGCUGUUCCUCUGCAUCAUUUUGGUAGCUUUGUCUUUUUUUUUGCCUCCUUCACUGCUCCUAGAGGCCAUUUUCCCCCCUUUUGUUUCCCUUAUUAUAGCCUUGUUGUGGUUAUUAUUGUUAUUGUUGAUGUCAUUCGUUGUUGGAUAGGACAGAGAGAAAUGGAAAGAGGAGGGGAAGACAGAGGGGGAGAGAAAGACAGACACCUGUAGACCUGCUUCACUGCCCGUGAAGUGACUCCCCUGCAGGUGGGGAGCCAGGGGCUUGAACCGGGAUCCUUCUGCUGGUCCCUGCGCUUUGCGCCAUGUGCACUUAACCCGCUGCGCUACCUACCGCCUGACCCCUGGUAGCUUUGUGUUUUUAUAUAUGAUGUGUGAGCCUGUCUUUGAACAAUCCCUCUGUCUCAUUGGAAAGGCUACCCUCUCUCAAACAUAGGCAUGAGAGCAUGGCUGUGAGUGCAUUGGCAGAAGUCUGUGCCAGAUGCUAUGGGCACUUCCUUUGCUCAGUGACCCCCCCUUUCAAAGUGCUCUUCUC